UUAAACAAAGCGUUAAAUUUUGGCUACGGGAAAAAACGCAUGCUCUGAUUGGCGAUGGGUAUAUGAUAACUGGCUGGACGGACGGAGAAGUGUUUUCGAUAAAUUUCUGAAAUAACUACAAUCACGAUGAGCGAAGAACAAGAACCAGAAAUAUGUAUAAACCUUGUUGUUAUGGGAAUCGUGAAGUUUUGAUGAUGAUGUAGCAGCUACUACUUAGAGGGACUCCUUUUCUGGCACUGACUGGACAUCUCUAACAGAAUGCAAUACUAUAUAAUAUGGCAAUAAAAGUCAUCAGCUUCUUCAACAUCCGGACACUGGUUUGUCUGCUGGUGGUAAGCAGCUGCCUGGGUCCUGUGUAUCCUGGCAGUAGUAGCAGUAAUACGACUACUUCAGAAUACAUACAGUUACCUAGGCGAGGCGGAGUGAUGAGGAAUGACUGCUACAAUAAGACAGACCUUCCUACUGAACGGGUUGUGGUGGACUUUUCCAGCAGAGUGGUUGAGAAUGAAUACAUCAUCACCUUCACGGGUUACUUCAGUGCCCGUGCCAGGCACAGUUUCAUCACGUCAGCCCUCCAUGGGUCUGGGGUGAAGAACUGGGGUCUAGUGCCGCGGCUCAACCCUGCCAAGAAUUACCCCAGUGAUUUUGAAGUGGUCAAGUUACAAGAGAAGUCAGACGAGGGUCUGGAGGCACUGGAAAGUCAUCCCAAUGUGAAAAGAGUGGCCACACAUAAAAAGUUAACGAGGACAUUGAAAUAUUUAAAAGUGAAACCCAAGGCUAGUAGUAGCACAGUGCUGAACUCUCCAUGUGUGAAGACAAAAUCUACCAGCCCAGAUAGCUGGGAGCAAUCUUUUCACUCUUCAAGACCCAUCAAUAGAAAGAGCUUGUCUCUGGCAGGUGCAUUCUGGCAUUCCCCUGUCAGACACAGAAGUCGUAAUCUUCUUCGUGCAAUACCCAGACAGAUCUCCAGUGCACUGCAGGCAGAAAUACUGUGGAGUAUGGGCUAUACAGGUGCUAAUGUGAAAGUGGCCAUAUUUGACACUGGGUUGGCAGAGGACCACCCGCACUUCAAGAGGGGGCGUAUCAAAGACCGCACCAACUGGACACAUGAGAAAACACUCGAAGAUGGCCUUGGUCAUGGUACUUUUGUGGCAGGUGUGAUCUCCAGCAACAAGGACUGUCUUGGCUUUGCACCUGAUGCUGACAUCUAUGUUUUCAGAGUGUUUACCAACAACCAGGUUUCUUAUACCUCCUGGUUCUUGGAUGCCUUCAACUACGCAAUACUAAAGAAAAUUAAUGUGUUGAAUUUGAGCAUUGGAGGUCCUGACUUCAUGGACCACCCUUUUGUGGAUAAGGUAUGGGAGCUGACAGCUAACAAAGUCAUCAUGGUGUCAGCAAUAGGAAAUGAUGGUCCACUCUAUGGCACCCUGAACAACCCUGCUGACCAGAUGGACGUCAUUGGUGUUGGCGGGAUCAACUUUGACAAUCAGAUAGCGCGCUUCUCCUCCAGGGGAAUGACCACUUGGGAGCUGCCCUUUGGCUAUGGUAGAAUGAAGCCAGAUAUAGUGACUUACGGAUCCCAAGUCAGAGGCUCUGCCAUGAGGGGAGGCUGCCGUUCUCUGUCAGGCACCAGUGUAGCAUCACCUGUGGUAGCGGGUGCUGUCACCUUACUCUACAGUGCUGUUCUGAACCGGGCCCAUGUUGUGAACCCAGCCAGCAUGAAGCAGGCCUUGAUGGCCUCGGCAAAACGACUGCCAGGAUCGAACAUGUUUGAACAGGGCCACGGCAAACUGGAUUUGGUGAAGGCGUAUCAGGUGCUGCGGAGCUACAAACCUCAGGCCAGUCUGAGUCCAAGCUAUGUUGACCUGACCGAGUGUCCAUACAUGUGGCCGUACUGUACCCAGCCUAUGUACUAUGGUGCCAUGCCUGUCAUUGUGAAUGUUACAAUUCUAAAUGGGAUGGGAGUCUCCGGUAAAAUUCUUGAAAAGCCACUAUGGCAGCCCUACACUCCUCAGUUUGGGAACUACAUAGAAGUAGCCUUCUCCUACCCCACUGAACUGUGGCCCUGGUCAGGCUAUCUAGCUGUGUCCAUCUCUGUGUCCAAGGGGGCAGCCAACUGGGACGGCAUUGCACAGGGUCUGGUCACUCUCACUGUGACUUCACCACCAGAGGAUGGAGAGAAGAGUGCAAGAACAUCCACAAUAAAGCUACCCAUCAAGGCCAAGAUCAUUCCGACUCCACCUAGGAGCAAACGAGUUCUGUGGGACCAGUACCACAACCUGCGCUAUCCACCAGGCUAUUUUCCACGUGAUAACCUGCGCAUGAAGAACGAUCCACUGGAUUGGAAUGGGGAUCACAUCCACACCAACUUCAGAGACAUGUAUACACACCUGAGGAACAGUGGGUACUAUGUGGAGGUGCUGGGCUCUCCCUUCACUUGCUUUGAUGCCUCACAGUAUGGUACCCUGCUGAUAGUGGAUGCUGAAGAGGAGUAUUUCCCUGGAGAAGUGACCAAGCUGAAGCAGGACAUUGACAACGGCCUGUCACUGAUCAUAUUUGCAGACUGGUACAAUAUCUCCGUCAUGAAGAAAGUCAAGUUUUAUGAUGAAAACACAAGACAAUGGUGGAUGCCAGACACAGGGGGUGCCAAUAUCCCUGCCAUCAAUGACCUGUUGUCCCCCCUGGGGAUGGCCUUCAGUGACGAGGUCUAUGAGGGAGAGUUUACACUGGGAGAACACGAAAUGUACUAUGCCUCGGGGACCAGCAUUGCCAAGUUUCCUGAGGACGGCUUGUUGAUCACACAGUCACUGAAGGAUCAAG